AUAUAUAAAAUACAACCUAAAUAUUGAACAACCAAAAUAUAAGGUUUAUAUCAAAAGGGUAAGAUGGUAAAUUUAGAUACUCUAUUGUUAGACUUAACUGUAAUAUUGGAUGGAAAAGUUUUAGUGACCUAAUUGUAAAUGGAAGAAAGUAUAGUGGCCCAUUUUAGAAGAUUAGUUCAUAGUCGCUACUCACUAUCGGGAACGCAGAGCCAACAGUUUCUGCAACACUGUCUUCGUUGAAGUUCGAAUACAAUAUGAAACUCCGUACCAUUUCUAGGGUUGUACAGGGAAGAAACAGAUAUUCAUCAACUCAAUUUUACAUUUAUCGUGUUUCAGCUCAGUUUCAUUCAAUACCUAAAAGACAUUCUUUUGGCAUUGCAUUUGAUAUUGAUGGUGUUAUACUUCGUGGACGUACUCCAAUUGGAGAUUCUCCUAAAGCUUUGAGGAGAUUAUACGAUGAUUCUGGUUGUCUGAAGAUCCCAUAUCUGUUUCUGACAAAUGGAGGAGGCAUCCCUGAAUCUAGAAGAGCCUCUGAGUUGAGCCAACUCCUUGGAGUGAAUAUCGACCCUAUUCAGGUAUUACAGGGUCACACACCUUUCAAAAACUUGCUGAAGAGGUUUGAAAAUGAAUUAAUUGUUGCCACUGGAAAAGGGGAGCCUGCAGUGGUGAUGUCUGAAUACGGUUUCAAAAAAGCCAUCUCAUUAGAAGAAUAUGCAUCUCACUUCAAUAACAUUGAUCCUCUAUCACCUUACAAAACCUGGACCACAAAACAACCAGGCGAUGAGCAAAAAAACUCCAGUGAAUCAGUCCAAAGUUUUGAUGUCACUUCUGAAAGAGUUAAAGCAGCUUUUGUUGUUAGUGACCCUGUUGACUGGAGUAGAGAUAUUCAGGUUCUUUGUGACAUAUUGAGAUCGGGUGGUUUGCCUGGAGAGAAGUGUGAGCAUCAACCACCUAUGUAUUUUGCAGCUGAUGAUCUUGAAUAUCAGGCUGUAUUUCCUUGUGAACGUCUUGGCAUGGGGGCUUUUAGGAUUGCUCUAGAAAGCAUCUUUAACAGGAUUCACCACAAGCCAUUGGAGUAUACCUCAUUUGGAAAACCAAAUCCAGAAGUGUUCAAGAAUGCAGAGUCCAUAUUGAAGCAACUUCUUAAUGAAGAUCACAAAGACAUAAUAAAUAAUUCACACCAUUUUGAAACCCUGUACAUGAUUGGGGACAAUCCUUCGGUUGAUGUCAAGGGCGCAAGACAGGCGGGACAUCCAUGGUUUUCUAUUUUGACAAGGACAGGUGUUUUUAAAGGAAAAGAGAACCACACGGAUUAUCCUGCUGAUAAGGUUGUUGAUACUGUAGAAGAGGCUGUGGAAUAUAUAUUGCACAAAGAGGCUAUAUAAUGCUUAGCAAAAACACAUUUUUUUUAUCCAUGAGCUCCUCUACAGAAAGAAGGCUCUAGGAUUUUGACGAAUUUAAAUUUCAAAAUGAAAGUAUCUCAUGUUUUUUCUAUUAAAAAAUCUUUUUCUAAUUGCUUUAAUUCAAUGUCACUCUAUUACCUUCAAGUAGGGUACUUGUUGGGUAUACCAUUGUUGAUGAGAUGCCUGUAGCUAUACAAAAUCAAUUAUUAUAAAAUAACAAAGAAACUUGCUUUAACUCA